CCCACUAGGACAAGACGCGAACUCCCAGGUUUCCCGUCACAGCUGCAAACCUCAACCUUAACAUCCACCGUACGAACUCUCUUCACCGACUCGCAACCACGCGCCCGCCCACACACCUCCACUACUACGAUCACGACUCCAGCCAACAUGUCCCGCGCCGCCGCCACCACCGCCGCCCCCAAGAAAGUCAACAAGCCGCCAGUGGCCGUCAGUGUGCCCAACCCGCUCCUGGAGGUUCUCGACAUAACCCCGCACCCACGCGGCUUCAAGAACGCGGCGUACAAGGCUCCGCUCCGCCGCAACAAGAACCUCAAGGCGAUCCUCAGCGACGCCACCAAUGCCGACCCGAACCGUCUCAACCCCACCACCAAGCUGCUGCAGCCCACCUACCAGAAUAUCGAGAGUGCGCCCAGUCUGAGGAGGGGGAAUAAGUGGUGCGAUAUUACUGGACUACCGUCGAGGUAUACAGACCCCAAGACGAAGCUGAGGUUUCGCGAUGGUGAGGUCUAUCAAGUCCUCAGGAAUCUGGGCGCCGGCGGCGCGGAGAGGUAUCUGGAGGUGCGUGGGGCGAAUGUGAUCCUGAAGUAAGGGGGAUUGAGGCACUUUGUAGCUGGCGUUAUGGGAUCGGGAGUUUGUUUGUUGGAAAGCGAUUGAAUUUCAUAGCAUUUGGUACUGUACAGUGUACUGGGUGAUAAUAAUAGAACUGU